AUUCACAUGUUGUUUUAGAAGGUCGUGUUGUCAGUUUCGUCAGCUUUCAUGAUGGAUCCAAAUAACAAGAAAUCAAGUUUCUUUGCUCCCUAUUCCUCUAAAGAUCCGAGCAUGGAAGUACCAGUGUCAGCCAACCAGACUGGGGGAUUAGUGUCGCCAUAUUUAAAUUUUAAUCCAGCCUAUAUAGGACAGGGUUCCGAUUAUAUAUUACCUGAAGGUUCCAAACCUAAUCGUGGUCGCCUGGAAAUGGCAUUUACAAAAAUAGGAGCUUCAAUCUUGUUUGGUGCUGGUGUUGGAGGGCUCAUGGGAGCAACAUCUGGUUUAAAAGAAAUUCAGUCAUCAGGCUUUACUGUUGGUAAAGGAGAUCAAGUAUUUAACCUUGUUAAAAAACGUGGAGGAGCAUUUGCACAGAUGACUGGUGUUAUAGUGUUAACAUACAGUUUUUUUGGGAUAAUUUUUUCAUACGCCCUUGAUACGAAUAAUGAAGUAAAUGAUUUAUUAUCAGGAACUGUAACGGGUAUAUUAUAUACAAGUCCAGGUGGUGUAAAGAAAAUGGUUAAAGGAGGUGUAACAGGUCUAGCUAUUAGUUCACUAUUUUGUUUAUUUCAAAAUAAAGAUAGAAUUAAAAGUAUGUUAUCAAGAUAAACUGGUACCAGUGUCAAUUAGUAAUAUCAUCUGUUCAUUAUUACAACAAUCAUCAGAAGGAAAGUUUUAACAAGUGACAUUUUGCCUUCAAAGUAUACUGUCAACAUUUAAAAGUUAACAUUGGAAAUGUGAUUGAAACUGUUAUAUGUACAUGUCUAUAAUCAAAGUUAGUUUACUAGAAUAAUUCAAGAGACAGUGUAAUGUGAAUUGAAGUGGAAAAACUUUCAUGAAACCUACCUUUCCAAGGGAGACAACUGAUGAAACUUGACAGAAUAUGGAAUUUUUGUCAGAAUUUUUAUUGUGGCAUAUAUAUGUACAAUACUUAGAUAGGAUAUUGAAUCAAACUUUUUUUUAUGUCCAUGUAACAAUGGAAAGGAUCUUUAUCAGUGACUGAUUUUCGGUCAUUAGUGUUCUAGACAACUUUUCCCAAUUGCCUUGGUUCUAAAUUUUUUGUGAAAUUGAUCGUGUAAUGGGGAUGUUGGCUUAUUAUUGAAUCAUUGAAGAUAGAACACAUUCUUUCCAACAUAACAUAAAAGAGAAGAUUUGUGGUCUUACUUUCUCUUUGUUGGGAAACUGUUAAAUGUAAUUAUGUUAAUAAAUGUUUUAGAUUUUUUUUU